GUUAAAUAUUAAUGUUGUCAUAAUUUAUAUUUCUUUCUGUUUUAAUUUUGUUAUAAGCAGUAAAAAAAAGAAUUAAAACAGAGUAAACACAAGAAGAAUCUUUCGAAAAGACCGCCAAACGAAAUCGAUACUGAACGACGGCGCUCGUGAGCCUUCUCAUGCCGACAUGUGAUCAUUAGCAUAUGCUGCGUAAUAUCACAACUUCACCUUCAUAGAGAAAAGAAAGAAAAUAUCAAUAUAUACGUCAUACACAAGAACACGCGCGCGCACUAAAUGAACAUAUGUACGGUGCUUGUAUGAAAUUAUCAAGUGCAAGUAAGAUCCAAGUGACAGCAUUAACUGGAUCCAGCGACUGUAACUGACUGUAACUACAUCUGUUCGCCAACAGGAAAAUCGUACGCAUGCGUAAAAAUUCUAUCGAAAAAUUGGUCAACGAAAUCCAAUUAGGAAUGAUUAUCAAGCCGCAAGUUGGACGAAGAAUGCUAUUCACCACGAGAUAUGCUAAUUUCUGGGUUAAAAUACUUCAGAAAAAAAAGAAGAAGAAACCGUUGGCGUCAGAGGUCUUAACGAGCUACCUAUUGCAAACCGGCGAGCCCCCCUGGACUUCGUACUUUGUCCGGUACGCCGACGUGGUGAACGAUCAACGGGGAAUGUCACACUUCAACUGGCCGGCGGGCGACAGUAAUUACCAUGUGCUUAGGACCGGCUGUUUCCCGUACAUCAAGUAUCACUGCAGCAAACGACCGGCGCAGGAUCUUAGCAGCGAGGACAGAUUCUUCAAGGCGAUCAAGAUAUUAAACCUUGGUAUCCCCACCCUGAUGUACGGACUGGCAGCGACGCAGCUUAUCCGACACCACGAGAUCGUGAAGACGCCUCAAGAUGUGAUUGCAUAUUGCCCGUAACCCUCGGCGAUGUGCUCAAAGUAUGCAGCUGUGCAAAAUAAAUGUGAUCUGAACUUGGUGAAGUAUCCUUGGUAAGAUAUACUCAAGAGAUUUGACUCGCAAUUAUUUCUUCAUAGCUUUAAGAUGCGUUUAUAAAUUCAUAAUUAUACAUUCAAUUUUCGUAUUGCUCAUAAUUUAACAUUUUAAUUAUUUUCGA